CCCGCCUCCAAGCGUGAGUGGCCCGACUACCCGACUCCCGGUGUAGGUCCCGCCCACGUGACGUCACACGUUGCCGCUUUGCGCGGAGGCGGGUCUCCCGCUCGUCAGUCGCUGUCUCCGGAGGGAGGGGCCGCGGAGUACAGGGCCGUAAGCGGGUCACGUGUUCCCAUGCGUCGCGGCGGGCGAGGGGGCGGGGCGGCGUCGGCGUCAGCGUCCGCGCGUCGGCUGGGGCGGCGGCGAGUCCCUCCCUGGUGGGUGCUCAGUCUCCCCGCGAGGUGCCGAUCGCUGCUGACUAUGGAGGGCGUGCGCUGGGCCUUCUCCUGCGGCACCUGGCUGCCAAGCCGCGCCGAAUGGCUGCUCGCCGUGCGCUCCAUCCAGCCUGAGGAAAAGGAGCGCAUCGGACAGUUUGUCUUCGCCCGGGACGCCAAGGCGGCCAUGGCUGGUCGUCUGAUGAUAAGGAAAUUAGUGGCAGAGAAAUUGAAUAUUCCUUGGAAUAAUAUUCGUUUGCAAAGAACUGCAAAAGGAAAGCCAGUUCUUGCAAAAGACUCAUCAAAUCCUUACCCCAAUUUCAACUUUAACAUCUCUCAUCAAGGAGAUUAUGCUGUACUUGCUGCUGAACCUGAGCUACAAGUUGGAAUCGAUAUCAUGAAGACCAGUUUUCCAGGUCGUGGUCCAGUUCCAGAAUUCUUUCAUAUUAUGAAAAGAAAGUUUACGAACAAAGAAUGGGACACAAUCACAAGCUUUAGGGAUGAAUGGACUCAGUUGGAUAUGUUUUACCGAAAUUGGGCACUGAAAGAGAGCUUCAUAAAGGCUGUUGGUGUUGGGCUAGGAUUUGAAUUGCAGCGGCUUGAAUUUGAUAUCUCCCCAUUAAACUUGGACAUAGGCCAAGUUUAUAAAGAAACUCGUUUGUUCCUGGAUGGGGAAGAAGAAAAGGAAUGGGCGUUUGAGGAAAGCAAAAUCGAUGAGCACCAUUUUGUUGCAGUAGCUCUUAGGAAACCUGAUGGAUCUAAACAAGAUAAGCAAGAUGUUCCAUCUCAUCAUGAUCCUAAACCAUCCCAGAGGCAAUUUACUGUUCUGACUUUUAAUGAUUUAAUAUCAUCUGCUGUUCCUAUGACCCCUGAGGAUCCUUCUUUUUGGGACUGUUUCUGCUUCACAGAAGAAAUUCCAAUACGAAAUGGUACAAAGUCAUAGUCAUGAUUCCCUAAAUAAUCAAGGGAAAUGAAAAACUGUUUAUAAGCCUCUGUAUUCACUAAAAAAAAUAAUAAAUUCCUGAUAGCAUCAAAUUUUAUUUUGCAAAAGCAUUUCCUACUUAAAAAAAAAAAGCAGAUUCCCAGUUCAAGAUAGAUCACUAUAUAGUACAUGAUUACUACUUCUUCCCCCAAAUCAUGUUGAAUUGACAGCAGAAAUAGAAAAGGGUGGCAGAAUACCAGUGAGCCAUGCUCCUGGUAGAGAUAAACAGAAAAUGCAGACUUGUCAAAAGGAAACAUUUAGAUUCUUUCAGAGAUAAUUGCUCCUAUAAUCCGUAGUGUCUUUCCAGACUUUUUUCUUGGUAGAUAAGUAUUAAUAUCCAUCCAUUCUUCCUUCCUUUUCUCUUUCUUUUAUCCUCCCUUUUUCUUUCUUUUAAUGGAGACAUGCUUCUUUUAUUUUUUUCUCUUAAUUGCAUAUGUGCUUUUUAUCAGUACAUUUCUGUUUCCUAAUUUUUAGUAAUUGUUUUCUAUUACAUAGCUAGUAACAGUUAGUAUGCUUUACCAAUGUCCAAAUAUAACUGAUUACAGUAACCAAGGACAGUUCAGUUUAGAGUUGAUAACUUUUUUCCUUCAGCCUCUAUUUAUUCAUUUUGUCUUCCUCAUGGUUGUCAGAGAUGCUGCUACUACUUUCGCCUUUAUGUCUUCAUAAAGUUACAUCUAAAGGCAGAAAGGGCCAUUUGUCAUUUUAGGCCUGUUUUAUCAGCGAGGGAGAUUUUUCUCAAGAGAUCCCACUGAUGUCUCCUCAAUGUCAGUUGCUGGUCUGGUCACUAGAGAAUAUGCCCAGAAGAUUGGCAGUAUUUUUUUUGUGCUACAUAGCUAAUCACAGAGCAAUUUUGCCAUAACAGAUAAAUAGCUGGUAAAUGUCUCAGUUUGGGAUUCCAGUUUGGUCUAUAUAGUCACCAGUAGAAGUGAUAGUCUUAAAAUUGUGGAGGAUUGACUGUCCACUUGAUUAAGCUUCCUGCCUGCCUGUACAGACUGAAAGUUUAACAAAAAUGACAAAUAGAAAGUGGCUAGUAGUCCAUAGCAGUCUUCCAGAGCAUAGAUGAUUAGUUCUGCAGCUGAUGUUGAUACAGCAGCUUGUUCCCUGAUUCCACCUUUACUGAAUUUAAUAUAUAAGUUGACAUGAUAAGAGGAUCAUAUUCCUCUCCUACCCCCCUCAUCCCAAAUGACUUGUGAUUUCGGAUGUUUCUUGAAAAUAGUUUUAAAAUUUAUUUGAGGGGACUGUGUAGUGGCGCACCUGGUUGAACACAAAUGUUAUAGUGCACAAGGUCCCAGGUUCGAGCCCUCAGUCCCCACCUGUAUGGGGAAGGCUUUACGAGUGUUGAAGCAGUGCUGCAGGUGUCUCUCUUCCUCUCUGUCUCCCUCUCAUCUCUCGAUUUCUGACUGUCUUUUAUCAACUAAAGAUAAUUUUAAAAAGAGAUUUUAAAUUAUUGAUACUGGAGAACUAGAAUUUGGGUAUUUGGCACAGAAUUUGAUAUAAAUCAUUUGGUAUGAAAUAUGAUAGAACUUUUAAAUGUAGUCCUGCUGUGGCCCAACAGUUAGUCAUAUGCAUUACACAGAGCUUUGAGAUAAAGCAGUAUCCCAGCUGUCAGCAGAGGAGGCACAGCGAAAGCUCAGAUACCCAGCUUUCCUACCUCAUUCCUCAUGCGUGGCUUAAUGGACUCAAUAAACAUUCGCUGAAGAGUAAGGAAAAUUUUAAUCUGGGGAAAAUGCAAACACAAAUAUGUAACGUAGUAUUUGGACACUCAUAUUAUUCUUAAGGAAGACAGCUUGGGGGGGGGAAGUUUGCUUAUAAUGUUUUCAAUUAAUAUCCCUCUUUUUUUUCAUGAUUUUUAUCCCUUUUCCUUACAUAAAAACUGCCUUUUGGCUAGUUACAUAUGUGGCAAAAGUGCUCAUGGCAAGGAAUGUAGUGAAUCUAGCUAAAAAAGGCAUGGGAAAUAACAGUAGCAUGGAAAAUAACAUUAUUAGCUUGUGUGGAAAGUAGACUGGAUAAGGAAGAGCUAAACUGAAAUGGGGGUGUGUGGGAAGCCUACUCUCCUGUGGUGAAGAUGAGCCACAGUGUAUCCACUCUUCUUUCUGUGCUAGCCAUUUUGGUUGUCCAUAAGCAGCAGUGUUGUGAAUAUAUUUGUUACCGUAUUUGGACUUGCUUCAUAAUGUUCUUUGGGAUGGGAGUGGGGGCAUUUCUAGAAGUGGACUGACUAGUUAAGAGGACUUAGGCAUUUUUACAUCUUUGAUAAGUAAUGCCAAAUUGCUUUCCAAAAUGACUGUACAGUUUACAUUUCCUUUAGUGUUGUGUGUGACCCCUCCUUUAAACCUCCCACCUACAUACUCCCUAUACAACUGUAGAUAGUAUCUUUUUAUUUAAUCUUUGCCAAUAAGUGAAAAUGCUAUUUUUUAAAAUUGUAUUUCUUUCAUCAAAUGAGGUUGAUUUCUCACCACUGUAGUUGGCUGUUUGUAUGGACCUCCUAUUCAUUGCCCUUUCCUCCUUUGUAAGUAGAACUUUAAGUGGGAACAUAAUAUAUAAGAUGCCAAGACCAUCAUAUUGAUGACAGAAUCUCUAUUACAUGGUAGGUACUGCAUGUUUGGGGAAGUUUAAACCUGUUGUUGUUAAAUAUCAAGAAGUGGAGUAAAUUCAUUGUUCUGAUACUGAAAGUAGCCAUUGUGUGUUAAGGGUAAGACAAAAUUGGAAUGCUCCAUAAUUUCGAUUUAUUAAGCACACGCAGAAUUCUAAACCUAGUCAAUAACGUGUUUUAAGAAGAUGUAGUAGCACUUUCAGUAGAGGAAGCAUUGUUAUCCCUAGCAUGAAUAUAAUGAAAAAAACUGUCAUUUGUGUUGUUGCUAUAAUAAAAUAAUUAACAUUA